GGCAGGGACAGGAACAGAAGGGAGAUGAACGGCCAGAGCAUCCCCUUCACUGGCCCACUCCGCUCCACGACGUCAACUUUGGAUACUCCUGGAUCAUGAACAAUCUCGGGUCCGGCACCGAUGCAUCUGCAAAGCCUCGUCACGCCUACGUAUACGGCUCCUACCUCGGCGCCAGCCUCGCCGCCGGUCUAGCACUCACCGAGUCCCACGUCCCUGCCGCGCCCCAGCCCAUGACCGUCCGUGGUCUGAUAGCCUACAAUGGCAUCUAUAACUGGACCAUGUUCCUACCCGAUCAUCCCGUCCAGAGGCUCAGGAGCAAGUCCAGCUUGAGGAGAAGAAGGCGCGGCCUAGCGUCCCCGUUCGUCAACCUCAACGAGGACCCUAUCGAAGAAGAAGGCAUCUUCACCGACCUCGAACGUCACGCCCCCGGCCUGUUCGCCGAACCCUCCAACCUCUUUGACCCCUUCGCGUCCGCCUGCUUCUUCUUCCACUCCGCCAACCUCCACGUGCCCGACGACUUCACCACUCCGCUCUCCGCCUCCGGUCCCGCCAGCACGCUCUCGUCCGAGUUCACCGCCGCAAUCGACGCCCUCGCCAACCGCUCCCCCUCCCCAUCCGCCUCCGCAGAACGGGGAGGAGGCGGAGAAGAAGGAGACGGCGAGACGGCCGCGGAGCUCCUCUCCAGGGCGGCCCUCCUCGCCAAGCAGCAGAAACCCCCGCGAAAGGGCUACCUCGUCUUCCCACCCCGCGACUCCACCCUCCGCCUGCCCCCCGCCCUCUUCCUCUACUCCUCCCGUCAACACGGGCCACGUCCCCCGGCGGGCAGCGACAGCAGCAGCAGCAGAAGCAGAAGGAAGCAGAGCAGGAACAGCUUCGCCGCGCAGACCGCCGAGCUGGCGGGGCUGAUGAUGCGCAGCCUGGACAUGCACGAGCUCAGGCGCCGCGGUGGUGGCGGCGGCGGCGGGACCGGUCGGCCGGGGAAACAGUUUCCCCGGAAGGGCAUCACUGCGGGUGCCAACGCGAUGAAGGAGGAAGGGGGGGAGGGGGUGGCGGACGGGGAGGAGGACCGGUGGAAGGAGAUUGAGAGGCGGGUGCAGACGUUCGAGGUUCCCCUCUCCUCCUCCCUCUCCUCCUCCCUCUCCUCCUCCCUCUCCUCCUCCCUCUCCUGCUCCCUCUCCUCCUCCCCUUCCUCAUUUUCUUUUGAAGAGGGUCUUGGUUUGGAGGGGGAGGCGGAGCAGGUGAUUGCGGAAUGGCUCAGGGAAAGGAUUGACGAGGACUUUGGGGGAGAAAAAGAAGAAGGAAGAGAUGGGUCGUAGGCCGCAUAGAAAGACGUAGUGAUAUGUCCAUGUAGAUCGGAGAUACCCCCGUCGCGUAUAUAUGGCUUUUGUUUUCUUUCAAAUUCACGGUUGUAACUGUAAGCAAAAUAAGGUGUAUGUGUGUUUAUGUGUGUCUGUGUCUCACGCUCCUGGGGAGUCAAGUUUCUGUUGCUCAUGGAAAAUGCGCACGAACACGCACGCACACACAUUGAACCGCUGCCAGGCAAGCGUGACUUGAAAUGGCGGAACCCUCUCUAUCGUCGUCGAUUUUAUUUGUUGCACAGGAAUCUGCCGAGCAUUCUCCUCUCCCUCCUCGAACUCGUCAUCCUCACCAUGUUUCCAC